AUGGCGACAGACUGGCAGGAGCGCUGUGCACAAGCGCGAGCAGCCAGAGAUGCGACAAUACCGAAAGCAUGGCUGCUGAAAAAUCCCCCAUCAGACGACGUGACCAACGUUAUGUCUGUCCCCUACACGUCGGGGCUGAUGACGGACGAGGAGCUCGCACUUACUGAGCUGGAUGCCACGGAAUUGCUGCAGCGACUGCGCAAAGGCGAAAUCAAGAGUUACAAUAUAACUCUGGCGUUCUGCAAGCGAGCAGCUAUCGCACAACAAGUGAUCUCACAUAAGAUCAACUGCCUCACAUACAUGUUCGUGGAUGAGGCACUCCAACGAGCCCGUGAGCUGGACGAGUACUUCGAGAAGACUGGGAAGCCUAUUGGGGCUUAUCAUGGUCUGCCGUUCUCCAUCAAGGACCAUUUGUCAAUCAAAGGCAAGGAGUCUUCAACCGCCCUGGUGGGAUGGCUGGACUUCAAGCCUGAGUCAGAUGCCCACGUGGUAGGCAUUCUCCGUGAGGCGGGCGCAGUCUUCUACUGCAAGACCACCAUGCCUCAGUCCGGGAUGCACUUGGAGACCUCUUCGAACAUCUAUGGAAGGACUUUGAACCCUUUCAACCGCAAGCUAAGCUGCGGCGGCUCUAGCGGAGGCGAAGGAGCCCUCGUGGCGUUUCGAGGCUCCCCAAUUGGUUUGGCUGCUGACAUUGGAGGCAGUAUCCGUGUCCCAGCGGGCAACAACGGCCUCUUCGGGGCCAAGAUCACCUCAGGGCGCGUCCCUCUCACGGGCUUGGUCCACGCAGUCAUGGGCAACGAUGCGAUCCCCACGGUGCUCGGUCCGGUCUGUCGUUCCGCCAGGGACAAUGAGUACUUCUUCAAGGUGAUCCUCGCGGCCGAACCCUGGAAAAAGUCCCAUAUGGUCAUCCCUUUACCGUGGCGGACUUCGAUCAGUCUUCCAGAAAAGCUGACCAUUGGCUUCCUGUGGGACGAUGGCGUGGUGCGCCCGCACCCGCCGGUGACUGCAGCUAUGCAGAGCCUCAGGGCCAAACUCAAAGCUUUGUCUCAAUUUGAAGUCGUGGACUGGGAACCCCUGGAUCACGCGCGAGGCUAUGACCUGAUCCGGAAACUAUACUAUCCAGAUGGCGCGAAGACCAUCCUCAAGGCUAUAACAGACUCUGGGGAGCCCGUACUCCCGUUGACACAGUGGGUGACUAAGGAGAGUCAUGUCAGUGAGCGCACAGUUCCGGAGCUGUGGAAACUCAAUGUGGAAAGAGAGGUCUACCGCCGACAAUACCUCGCCUACUUCAACUCCAGACCAGAGGUAGAUUUCUUGAUCUCCCCCGUGGGACCUGGAGUCGCCGCUCGGCACGAGACCGCUCGGUACUGGGGAUACACUGCCAUCUGGAAUCUGCUUGACUGGCCUGCCUGUACCUUUCCGACGGGAGAAACAGUAUCAGCUCAGGCCCAUCCCAAGGACGAGUCCUACCGGCCUCGACAGAACGAAUUUGAUUCGUACAAUUGGUCAAAUUAUGAACCAAGCGAAUACGAAGGCGCUCCGAUAUCUCUUCAGCUCAUCGGCCGCAAAUGGGACGACGAGAAGGUGCUCAAGGUGGUUGAAAGACUGUCUGUUGUGCUGGGUCUGCAGGAUGCCGGCACGAGAAAAUCAGAAUCAAUAGGCCAGACAGUGGAGUCGAAACUUUAG